UCUGGCGCCGAGCUCCUUGUCUCGGCUAACCUCGAGCGCGCCGUCAGUCAGUCAGUACCCCAUAACAAUCCUUUCGUUCACAUCUACUACACGUCUACCCGCUACCCACAAAAGAUCUAACUGAAAAAAAUAAAUAAAAUGCGAUCUAUUGUGAUUAUUUGGCUUGUUUUGGCCAUCGUGGUAGUUCAAGAGGCGAGAGCUGACGCGUACACGACGUGCGAGGACCAGAGCUUCCAGAUCACGAUGAAGGGGCCGUCGCUGAGUCAAGGCUGCGAGGAGGUGCACGGCCAGCUGGUCCUCUCCGACCAGGCGAGUCAAGAGCUGCGGUGCCCGAAGCCCUACUUGGAGACGAUGGGGGAGUGCUUCUACGUCAGUAACUUCGCCCUCAAGUGGGAGGAGGCGGAGAGGUACUGCCAGGAGAUGGACGGCGACCUGGCCACGCCCAAGCACGUCCCUGCCCUGCAGCUGCUCCUCGAGGAACAGGACCAAGCGGAUUUCCUCUGGCUGGGCGGCAACGACCGUCCCUACAGCGGCAUCUGGCUGUGGCUGGACGGCAGGCACGUGGACCACGCGCACUUCCGCCCCGGCCACCCUUGGACCUCCGACACCAGCAACAACUACUGCCUCCUCAUCGGCUGGAAGAACCACCCGCCUCUUGAAACCUACUACUGCCACAAGAUGAACAACUUCGUCUGUCAGCAUAAUCCUUGAUGGCAGCGCGGAGUGCCAGCUAGGUGAGGGCGGGAUGGGUGCUUGCAGGAGGCGCCAGUGGAAAGACUGAUUAUUGAUGUUUAUUUUUUAGGUUUGAUUCAAAGGUUGCACAAAAAGAAGGAUUUGUUGUCAUUAGAACAGGGCCACUGAUCAGGUAAUUUACUACGGAUGUUAUUAUUAUCAUUGUUAUUAUUAUUAUAUUAUUGCAUUAUUAUUAUUGCUGUUGUUAUUGUUAUUAUUAUUAUUGUUAUUAUUAUUAUUAUCGUUAUAAUAAUUAUCAUUAUCAUUGUU